AUGGCGCACCAUGACUUUGCUCCAGCCUGGCUUAAUUUUCCUACUCUUCCAUCAUCAACAAAAAUAAUCACUUUUGCUUCUUUACAGUCAACACUGAACUUCGAGAAACAUUCUGAAAAUUUUUCGUGGACAGAGAAUUGUUAUGAAGCAAAUUGCAGAAGACGCAACUCUACAGAUGGGUUUGAUCCUGGAUGGUCUAAUGGAGGGCAUUUUGGGAGAAAAGAGAAGCAUGGCUGGCGUUCACAAGGCAGAAAUGGUACAGAAAAUAUAAACCAUUGUGGAGGAUGCCAUGGAGGAGGUUACUGCACUCGUACCAGCGCUUUCCACUGGGGAAAAGACCGAGGACUGCAUGAAAACAUUGUUCCUGAUGAUGAAGCUGGGAAAAAGGAAGACAAAGAAAUAUCCAAACAGUUUAAGGCUGAGGAUUUUCCAUCUUUGAACCCUAAAUAUGAGAAAGAACCAAACCAGAAUAAAUCUUUCGCUGCAGGUGUGUGGGAUUACCCUUUGAAUCCUAAAUCCAGGUCUCCAAGAAUGCUGGUCUUUAAAAAGAGCAGUACAAAAGAACUGCAAAUAACCAGAUUUCCAGUAGUAGGAAGUCUUAAUUCACAGCCAGUAAGGAAAGGAACUGGCACAAGUUUUUAUAAAGGAUCAGGCCCUAAACCUGUCACUCCACCCACAAAGCCUACACAGUGGAAACGCGAAGCAAAGGAAAACAACCUUGGGAAUCCAUUUCCUCAUGAAUCUGCAUAUGGUAUUGCCAAUUUGAGGCAUUUCAAAUCAGCUGCUAAGGCAUUUACGAUAUCACAAAAUUCAGUGGAAGAGUGUGCUCGGUCAAAUUCUUCAUCUCCUGUUGACAAAGUUGGUCAGCCUAAUGUAACAAAAUUGACAAGAUUGCGCACUGAUAAGAAGAGUGAAUUUUUGAAAGCAUUGAAACAAGACAGAGUGGAAGAGGAAGAUGAAGACAAGUAUGCUGGGCAAGAUAAGAAUGAUGAGUCCUUUAACUUGAAUAACAGCAACAGUCCUCAUCAUGAGCGAGAUAUAAACCAAAACUUUGAAAGUGAAGUUCUACAGGAGAAUGGCAAUACUUCAGUUACAUCUCAACAGAUCAUUCCAUCUUCAGCCUUCCCUCAGGCAGAUGUUCUUUCAAGCUCACUUGAGGCAGAGCUUAGGUUGCUAAAGGAAAUGGGCUGGCAGGAAUAUAGUGAAAAUGAUGAAGCAUGUGCUCCACUAACAGAGGAUGAGAUGAGAGAGUUCAGAGUCAUUAGAGAACAGUUACAAAAAAAUGGCCUUCGGAAAACUAGCAUUUUGAAAAAUGGCCUCAUUUGUGGUUUUAAAUUUAGCCCCUGGAAAAACAGCACUUUCAGACCUGCUCUGGAGAAGGAGGAUUCUGAGACGAGCAGCAGUGAUACAUCAGAUGAUGAUGAUGUGUGAAGACUUCUGAAACAUCUAUUGGAGACUAUUUUGAU